UGGACAAAAAAGUUAACUUCUCUUUAAUUUCCAAAAAUGUGACUAAUUAACAUUACACUUGCUAAAUUACCCCUGACCCCUAGUGACUUUAUCAAACAGUGACCUAGUCCGUCACAGUGACCUAGUCCGUCACAGUGACAUACCAUUCAGUGACCUCCGUCAUACUUCCGCCAUUAGUGACCAAGCUAUAGUGACACACCUAUAGUGACUAAUUGUUCAACUUCAACAACUUCAGUGACAAACACCGGUGACAAAAGCUCAGUGACCAAACAGUAUACAAUUAAAGUUACAAACAUUAUUCACACAAAUUUUAAAUCUCCAACCCCAUUGUCUACCGGCCGCCGCCACAGUUAAUCUCUUAAAUCGCUCCGACCAGUCGCCGUCGUUGCACCGUCAGUCACUGCCUCUGACAGUGACUUCAGUGACCACAAAGCACAUACAUUCUCUGAUCAGUGACACAUCCCGGUCUAGUGACCUCCAUCCCCCAUUUUGGUGACUGCCGCCGCGGAGUGACCCAGUGACCGUUGCAGCCGCCAACCAACCCACCCCGACUCAAUUGCCCGCCCCCUCCCUAACCCCCAACAACCUCCCCGGCCCCCAUCCACCUCCCUAGCCCCUUGUCCUGCCCCCUCUUCCGCCCUAACUCCCCGUCCCUAGGCCCUUCCCAUAUUCCUAAGCCCAUGUCUCCCCCACUCAGAUCUGAAAGUGAGUUGACGCAGCUGAAGAAGUUUAAUGUCACCGCCGCCAUCGAAGUAUACUAUCGCCACUGUAGAACCAGAUCCGGAGAUCACCGAAGAGGUCUCUCGCUGCCGCCGCCAAAUACUGAGGUUUGUCACCAAAGAAGGUCGGAGAAGGGUAGAGAUUGCAGGCGAGAGGUUGGAUAUGGGGGGGAGAUUGCAGACGGGUGGGAGAGAGAAGAAAAGAAAGAGGAGGGAGAACGCGCCUGCGGUGAAGGCGGCGGUGUAGCAUGGGAUGGAAUGGCGGUGGCGUGAAAUUGAGGGGUAUUUUAGACAAAUAGUAUGAGUUUUAGUUAUUUUUUGUCCACACGAGAUUUAGCUUUAUUUUUGUCUUCUCAAACGUUAGAGCUCUUAUUUUAGCCAUUCAUUCAUACAACUUAUACAAGCAUAACCAUCUUGUUGUAGGUGGCCUGAACUUGUACACUCUGUGAUAUGAUAAAUAAUAUUUUUCUUUAAUCUAUAGUGAAGAAACUUGGUUAAAAAAUAGAUUUAAAGAAAAAUAUUAUUUAUUCAAAAUUUUAUAUGAGUAAUAUUGAUACUCUUUGAAAGAUUUUAAAAAAUCUAUUUAAAUUAGUACGGAGUAUAUAUUUUUAUUAAAUUUGGAUCAUAAUUUAAAAUCAUAUUCUUUGGUCAAUAAAAUAUGACUCCCACAACAAGAACAUAAUUCAUUGGGUUCUGCAACCUUCCGCCGGAUUCUCAUCUCGCCCUGACACGCCUCUCAGAUUAUACGCAGGAUAGUACCCAUUUCCACGCAAUGGCAUCACACCGGAAGCACUAUAGUAUCCGUAUGAUUGCGGCCCCGGAUAAGAUUGCUCUGGCGGCGAGUAAGAUUGUGGCGGCAAAUAAGAUUGCUGCGGCGGCGGAUAAGAUUGUUGCGCCAGCGGAUAAAAGUACUGUGACGGCGGUAAAUAAGAUUGCUGCGACGGCGGAUGAAAGUUCUGUGAUGAUGGGGGAUAAUAAGAAUGGAGAGGAGCACCGAAAUUCGACCCCCGGAUACCCCCUAUCCGGCUAGUGUGGUUCCAAAACACGGAUCCAAACAUAUCACUCACCGAUCUUCUGUGAAUUGCACAGAACUCGUCCUUGCAAAUAUCCUCAUCCACCGGCGGCGGCGGCGCACAUACAUGUUUCUUCUCUUUCAACCUGCGGCUACACUUAACACAAUCGUUUUCUGGUUCGUGUUCAUCCGAAUGAGCAGAAGAUUCAUCCUUCUCCUUCGCCUUGGAUUUACAGGAAUUCUUGUUAUCCUCUUUGAUUUUUCCGUUGCAAUGAUCAGCUGAAGAAGCGGGGGAUUUGGUAGGGUCUUUUGAGCAGGAAACGAGUUGGGCUGCUUUACCCAUUUUCUGGAUAUAGUUGACUAGCACAGUGGGCUCGCAAUUACAUCUCA